GCGGGACCGGAGGAGGCUGUCGCGUGUGGUGAGACGAACUGCCGCAGGGCCCGUGGGAAAAAGGACGUGCCCACAAAAAUCUGUGAGUAAGGGCGUGGCCACGAGAAUCCGUGUGUCUAUUCGCACCCAGGAGAAUCCAUGGGAUGGGCGCAGGCGGAGCGAGGUCGUGGGGACCGGGAGGAGCGGGAGAAGGAGCGGGAGGAGGGGUGGGAAAAGGAGCGGGAAAAGGAGGAGUGGGAGGAGGAGCGGGAGGAGGAGCGGGAGGGGACACGAGAAGGGGCGGAGGAGCUGCAGGAGGAGGAGCGGGAGAAGGAGUGGCAGGGGAAACGGGGAGGGGGUUAAGAGCGGGAGAAGGAGCACGAGGAGAAACGGGUAGGGACGGAGGAGGCACGGGAGGAGCGGUGGAGGAGGAGAAGCGGGAGGAUCGCAAGGAAGAGCGGGAGGAGCGGGAGGAGGAGGAGCAGGAGGGGGAGCAUGAGAAGGAGAGGGAGGAGGAGAGGGAGGAGGAGCAGGAGGAGUGGGAGCGGGGCUAUGGCAGGAUCUUUGUCACGUUGUUUGCCAUAGGAGCAGGAGGGGGAGGAGGAGGAGGAGGAGUGGGAAGAGCGAGAGAAGGAGCGGGAGGAGGGGUGGGAGAAGGAGCGUGGAAGGAGCAGGAGCGGGGCUAUGACACGGGAAGAGGAGAGGGAGAAGGCGGGGAGGAGGAAUGGGGGAAGAGCAGGAGAAGCAGCGGGAGAAGGAGGAGCGGGAGGAGCAUCAAGAGGGGGAGCGGGAGAAGGAGAGGGAGGAGGAGAGGGAGGAGGAGAGAGAGGAGGAGAGGGAGAAAGAGCUGGAGCGGGGCUAUGGCAGGAUCUUUGCCACAUUGUUUGUCGGAGGACGAGCGGGAGGAGGAGCGGGACGAGCAGGAGAAAGAGCGGAAGGAGGAGUGGGAGAAGGAGCGGGAGGAGUGGGAGGAGUGGGAGAAGGAGCAGGAGAAGGAGUGGGAGGGGAAACGGGAAGGGGUUGCAUCUCACAGCUCCUUAGUCCAUACUCACACCGGGAUUUCUUUUCCCGACGGUUUUGCGAAAGUCGAAGAGUCUCGUGCUCAUGGCACGGAUGCUGGGGACUGCAAAAGACGGGGACGGGAUGUUGGGGAGGGCCUUGAUGGGGAGAAUGAACGGGUUCUUCUUCGUCCAAGAACAGAGAUUGAGGAAAGGGGAAUGGAGACAAAACCAAGGGACAAAACCAAGGGAGGUCGGAGCGGUGAAGACGGGGGUGGUGGAGUAGUAGGAAGGUGGGUAACAGACGGAGACAAAACCAAGGGAAAUAAGGGUGGUGAAGCCAGGGGUGGUGAAGUGGUUGAAGCAGAAACAGGGGGGGGCAGUCACAGCAACCAAGGCCCCGAUGAGGAAGAAGCUGUGAACCAAAAAGGUGCAGGCAGGGUCACAAACGGCAUGGAAGGGGUUACUAAGACUGAUGAGGACGCAGGUGCGACAGGCGCGGGUAAUGAAGAAGAGGCUGUGACCGAUGUGACAGGUGCAGGUAAUGAAGAAAAGGCUGUGACAGAUGUGACAGGCGCAGGUAAUGAAGAAGAGGCUGUGACAGGCGUAGUCCGGGAGCAGCGUGUAGAUACACGAGAAAGUGGAUGGUGAAUAGACCAUCGAAGCAUGCUGUAGAACCAGAUUGAGAAGCGGGUCACGUGCACAGGGUACCUGUGUUGACGUUUACGAAUAUA